AUGACAAGUCUGCUGCGCCGUCCAGUUGCACACGCAGGCGUGUAUGCGACACGCUUCCGGCUUGCGCCCCGUCGUUCUAUGCUGAAUCUUUCUAGGCGCAUGUAUAGUACAGAGGAGCAGAAAACGGGGAUUGCCGCAAUGUAUGUCGGCUCGAUGCGUGUGCUGUACUAUCGCCUAAAGCUCUUCUCCUUAUCGACACUCAGUGUGGCCAGUGUGUUUGCACCUCUGUUUGUGCUAUGGCCCAGUAGUAUUGAGACGGUAGGUCGUAUUGGGAUCGCUGCAACGACACUCGCUGCUAGUGGUACCAGUACAGCGCUGAUUUCAUGGAUCGGCGCGCCAUACGUCGGCCACAUGACCCUGCGCAGAUCCAGCCCGAAUGCAACGCCGAUGCACUACUUGUCGGACGGGACCAAUAUGCUCUUGCUUGAUGACAGCCCCAGCGAUCCCAAAGUCCACGCAAGCGAGCCGUAUAUUCUGGAGCUGGCGACGCUUGAUUGGCGGAUGCGCUCGCUGAAAACCACCGUGUAUUCUCCUUCGCUCUUGCGCAAGACGGAGCGUGCAUUUGCUAGCUGGGAACUUCCCCCGUCGCCGCCACCAUUACUGCUUGAUCAGGGAGUUGAUCAAAGAGAUUCGUACACAGUCUCCAAGCUUGUUGCUGAGACGGUAGAUGUCUCGGGUGGAAAGGUUCGUGGUCGUUGGUGGGCACGUUGGCGUGUAGAUCCGAACGACGAUCAAGCAACGGAGUGCGCGGGCACUUGCGAGGCGGAAGGCACGCCUGUGCGCUACUUUUUCGUCGACGAGUCGAGACUGGGGGAUGAUUGGCGUGUGAUCCAAUAG